AUGUCAGACAUUCCUAGAGAAAGUAAUAUCUCUAAAUGUUUUUUUAUCUCUCUUUUUUUCUCCUUUUAUCUUGUUCUAUGUCGGGAAUAUCCGGAGCACACGUUUCUCAAACGGAGGGAGAUUAAAUUAUUGUUCAAAGAGUUCAAAAACUUGGACUAUGAUGCAGUAUCGAUGAACAGGAAUUGCGAAUUACCAAUGGAAGUAAUUCAAAAUAGCUCACGGCUGAAGGUGAAUCCUUUCCGUAAACGAAUUUGUCAGGUAUUUUCACACAAUGGAACCGGAGCGAUGACUUUCAUAGAUUUUCUUGACAUGAUAUCUGUCUUCAGCGCUAAAAGUCCUCUGCAGAUAAAGCUGGAAUAUGCAUUUCGAAUCUACGAUUUUGAUAAUGACAAUGUAAUUCAAAUGAAUGACAUAAAAAAGACAAUGAAGUGUCUGAGUGAUGCCCAGGGUCUUCACGAGGAGGACCAGCUCACAGAGGAACAAAUGGAAUUAUUAAUUGAAAAGGUGAUUGAAGAAGCCAGUAUCGACACUGAAAGAGGCAUUAGUUUUGAAGAAUUUUGCACUGUAUUGAAGAAAAUCCCAUACUUCUUGGAGUAUUUCCAGAUGAGACUAUAA